UCAUAGCCCGAGCUUAUGUAAACACGGAGAGUGUUUCGAGUGGUCCAUUGCCCCGCUGUUGUAAUGACAAUCGAUGACAUAAUGUGCUAUAUGUGAUAUAUGUGAUAUAUGUGAUAUAUGUUGGUUGGAAUUUACGCAUGCUGUGAUUCACGCGGGCGAGAACAUUGUGUUAGCAAAGUAUAUGAAAUUUUGAGGCCAUGCUGAUAAACAGUAUUCAAUUAGACUAAAAAGAAAUGCAUGUUCUUAUCAGAUUUUCUGUUCGGAAGUUCUAUCGGUAAAAAUCAAGCCCAUAAAUUCAAAGGAACUGUCGCCGUGAGAGCUCAGUUAAGAAACCAAGUUGAAGUUAACAAAAUGUCCAAAUCGUCGCUUCUUUUUGCGCUAGUCUUCAUAUUCUGGCCGCAUAUUAAAGCGGACAUAUUCGAGGAGUGCUCGGAUGCAGAUGCCGAAAGCUUCGUCUCCAGCUACGAGAGCUGCCAGGCGUAUGUCUACUGCGAUGGCGACGACUCCAUACUGGGUCAAUGCGAUGACGGGCAAUACUUUGAUCCCGAAUCGGGCACGUGCGACGAUGCGGCCAAUGUGAGCUGCUUUCUGGACGAGGUCGAAGAGCCGCCAGUGGAGGAGGAGCCAGAGGAGCCGGCUGUGCAGCCCACACAAGAGCCGGAACCGACGCCGCCAACCAUGGACACGCCCGCCCAGGUGGAUGUGGUAAAUGUGGCGCCCAUCGUUAAGCCCAGCUGCCCGCAGAGCGAUGAUCCCAGCCAGGUUAUAUUUAUGGCCAACAAUGAAUCAUGCACGGACUACUAUCUGUGCUAUCACGGCCAUGCCAUGCAGAUGCAGUGCACCAAUCAGCUGCACUUCAAUCCAACCACCGGACAGUGCGAUUACCCGGAGAAUGUGCACUGCGCGCUGGAUGAGCCGGCGGCGCACAAAUGUUUGCCGCACAUGACCGACUUCUUUCCGCAUCCGGACAAGUGCAGCUAUUUCUACUACUGCAUCAAGGGCUUCCUCACGCUGCAGCAGUGCCCCUUCUACUACGGCUGGGACAUCGAGAGACGCAGCUGCGUGCAGCUGAAUGUGGCCAAAUGCUACGGCAGCUCCAGACGUGCGUAGCCCGAAACGCCCUGUAACGGGUUUACCCAGCACAGCUC